AUGGCGUACAUGAAGAUUGUGAUAAUAAUGGGUGUGUUGUUGGUUGCAGCAGAGAGCACCCCAAACAUUAAUAUAAAUGAGUGGCGCUGCAACGUGAAUCACUAUUCCGAAAACGAUGCUUACGCCGACAACGUCAACUACGUCCUUACAGAUUUGGUGAAGCAGACACCCUACGCGCUCGCCUACGAUUACUACAGCAAGUCGCCCUCCAACACCGCCAUCUGCUACGGCCACGCCACCUGCAACACUGCGCUCUCCUCCAACGACUGCAACGACUGCCUCGUCGUCGCCGCCACCACUGUCAAGAUCUACUGCGAAGACAGAAUCGGCGGCAUGAUGGAGUUGGUGGACUGCACCAUCAGAUAUGAGAACUACCCUUUCUGA